AUGACUGCAGCUGUAGAGCGGAAGUUUGUUAAUUUAAGGAAACGAUUGGAUCAGUUGGGAUACCGACAACCACUGGGAGUAGAAAGUUUGCCUCUGGUGGAAAAACUUUUCAGUGACCUCGUUCAUACAACCGAGAGCCUCCGGAGCACAAAGUUAUCUGCCGGUAAAAUUGAAAAAGAAUGCAGUAACUUUGACGUCGUUCUAGGACCUUAUCGAGAAGAAAAUGCCAGGCUCACACGUGAAAAUAAUGAAUUGCACUUAGAAGUUCUGAAAUUGAAAGAGCAAUUCGAAGAACAGGUCAAAGAUCUGAAAGCUACUUUGAGGAAACUUGAACACGAGAAUUCAGAUAUGAAAUUUUUGAAUAAUCAGUAUAUACAUAAAAUGAGGUCAUUAGAAAAAGAAAACAAAGCCAAGACUGACAAAAUUCAACAGCUUCAAGAAAAAAACCUGCAAGCUGUGGUACAGACACCAGGUGGUAAGAAACGAAAUAUUCCAUUUCGACGUCAACGUAUGCAAAUAGAUCAGCCUGUUCCUCCUUCAGGGAUUGGCGCUUAUCCAGUUCCUCAACCAGAUGACCCGUAUAUCGCGGAUCUUCUUCAAGUGGCUGACAACAGAAUUCAUGAGCUGCAGAUUGAAGUAGGCGACUUGCAGGAAAAACUAGAGAUAGCUGAACGUGAAAUGAAAAAUUACAGCAAACAGGUUGAGCUCCGAGACAGUGAGAUUGAACGUUUAGCACUCGCACUAGAUGGUGGUCGUUCUCAUGAUGUCAUAUCUCUGGAAGCCAAAAGCAGAAGUAAUGAAAAAAUUAUCGAUCACCUGAAUUUGCAGGUUGAAUUUCUACAGCAAACAAACAAAGAGCUUGAAAAGCGCAUAGACGAUCUUUUGGAUAGUAGGCAAAAUAUGACUAGUGAGGUGGUUCAUUUAAGCAACAAAAAUGAAGAACUGUGUCAAGAGUUGACUGAAAUUGAUCACUUGGCCCAACAAUUGGAGAGGCAUAAAGAAAUUGUGCUUGAAACUGCAGAUAAAGAAAUUGGAGAGGCUAAGGAAGAAAUUAAAAAAAAACACAGUGAAAUACAAGAUCGUGAGGAGACCAUAGCAAGACUGAAGUUAGAGUUAUCUUCCUAUCGCAGAGAAAAAGAAAAAUUGAGUGAAGAACUCUUUGGAAAAACAGAGGAAAAACAAAAUCUUGACAUACUAUUAAACCAGACUCAAGUAGAAAACCACAGAUUGUCCAAAAAAGUUGAAAACCUUGAAAUUAUAAAUCGGGAACUUGUCAUAGAGCUGGAGAGAAUGAGGCUUGAGGGUGGCAUAGCACUUGGAGACAAGUCCCCUUCUCGCCUAGAUGCAUUUGUGAAGACCAUAGAAGAAGACAGGGACUAUUAUAAGCGAGAACUAGAGUGUCUCCAGAAGAUAUUUAAAAGAAGAUCUAGCCCAUUAAGUGAAGACCUUAGGUUAGUUAUACGAGAGAGAGAUGAGCUACAGUCUAUGCUAGACAGAUUUGAAAAGCAUAUGAUAGAAAUUCAGUCUAAUGUCAAACUACUAACUGUAGAAAAAGAUAAAUUAAGUAUCCUUUAUGAACAGUCUCAGAAUGAAUUAAACCAUCUACGGAGAGAGAAAAAAACCUGUUUUCUAACAAAAAAUCAUGCAGAAGAAGAAAGAAAUAUUGCAUUGGCUGAUUUUAGAAGAGUAGUAUCAGAGAAAGAAGGACUAAGGGAGAAAUUAAAGAUCCAGCAGGAGGAAUAUACUUUAGAUAAAUUAAAAUUGGAACAGGAAGUAUCAAGAUUGGAAAGCACUCUGAAAAGAUUGGAGACAGAACGUCUUGAUCAAAUAUCUACAGUGUCAUUGUUAAAAGACAAAAUAAGCUCUUUGGAAGAUGAACUAAGCAUUAAGACUCAUCAACUCUUAAACACAUCUGAAGAUUCUUCACAGUAUAAGACAGAAUUGAGUUCAUUAAAACUAUUAAAUGAACAGAUUCAGAAAUCCCUAGAUGAGAUACAGCACCAACUGUCUUUUAAAGAAAAUGAACUUCAAUCAGCUCAAGAGGAAAUUGAGAUAUUAGAGAACAAAAUAGAUACACUCAAUACUAAGAGCUCAUCGCAAAGUGAGACUGUCAUUCUGCUCAGAAGUACUGUUAAUGCCUUGGAUAAGGAAAAAGAUAGCCUUCAGGAAAGCAUAGAUGAAAAAACUGAAAGAAUUGCAUAUCUAGAAGACAAUUUAGCUAACAAGGAAAAGACUAUCCUCAACUUACAAAAAACAGUUGCUCAGUUGGAAUUGUCUUUAGACCAAUUAAAGGAUGCCUUAAAUGGGAAAGACCGUGAACUUGCCAGUCUCCACCGCCAGUUUGAUGCAAUACACUCAGAGCUUGGAGAAACUGGCAGAAUAAAAGAAAUGGCUUUGAAGGAAAACAGAAGAUUACAGGAUGAUCUAGCCACAAUGACUAGAGAAAACCAGGUAAUCUCGACUGAAUUGGAAGUAACUUUACGUGAAAAAGAAGAACUGAAAGUUAGAGUUCAUAAUUAUAUUACUGAAGUGUCCAGAUUUGAAAGUUUAAUGUCCUUAAAGGAAAGAGAAAAUAAAGAAUUAUUGGAGAAGUUCCAGAUGCUUCAUAGCCAAGCCGAAGAUUGGGAAGUAAAGGCCCAUCAAGCUGAGGGACAAAACAGCUCAGUACGAUUAGAGCUCCUUUCAAUUGAUACUGAACGAAGACAUCUUAGAGAAAGAGUAGAAUUACUGGAAAAAGAAAUUCAAGAGCACAUCAUUGCACAUCAAACUUACGAAUCUCAAAUCUCUUCAAUGGCAAAAAAUAUGUCCAAGCUGGAAGAAAUUCUCAGACGUGAAAAAGAAGAAAAAUCUUCAAUAAAUCACGAUGUGUCUGCCGUUAGAGAUCUAUGUGUCAAACUGGAAUCUAGCAAAGAUCUGGUCUCACGUCAAUUAACAUCCAAAUCUCUGGAGUUUGAGAGGAUUGUAUCUGAAUUUGAAGAUGCAAAGGCAGAAGGAGAGCUGUUAAAAAAGCAAUUGUCAAGUGAGCGGCUUACAAUACAAAACUUGGAAACGCUCUUGGCUACCAGCAGAGACAACGAUUUUCAGAAUCAUUUGAUAACCCAUGAAAAGGAUUCAGAGAUACAGUUGCUCAAAGACAAGUUAACUCUCUCAGAGAGUAAAUUAACAAGUCUCAGUAGAGAAGUUUCUAUACUGCGAAAUAAACUUGCACAGCUGCAGACGGAACGUGCCAUCCAAGAGAUGCGACGACUUGGCUUUUCUACCACUUCUUUACCUACCUCAUCGCCACUUAGCUCAACUUUGAGAUCUCCAUCGCAUUCUCCAGAGAGAGCAUUUUCAGUAACAACAGAACGGACAGAAAAUUCUGAAGUAAAGUUUGAGGAAUUGACACACCUGAGUUCCAGCUUUUAAAGACAAAAUGAUGCAGUUUAAAAUACAAAACUAAUUAGGUAAGAAUGAACUUUAUUGCAAGGAAAUUAAUCAUGUUGUAGGUCUUGUCACAAAGUAAUAACAAGUUAUCAGAAACAAUACGUUCCUUAACUGACAGGAGCUUUAUACCAUCUUGACAUUAUCCUCAACCAGCAAUCUGCACUAAUCACUAAAACAUUUAACUCCAGAGCUAUUUGGGACAUAACUUGCCUAUGUUUGUGGAUAUUUUAUUAAAAAAAGAGAAAUUUAAUUACUGAAGAAAAUCCAUGAAUUAAAGUAACAGGAACAUUCUUGGCCACAAAUAAUACAUCUGUGUAACCAAAAGUACAUGGAAUCUUGGAUUGGGGCGUAUAUCCCCUAAUGUUAUCAUUCUAUAGCAUUAAUUUUGGAUUGUGUGUUGUUACUAACGUACUUGAUAUCACUAAGAAGACAAUACUAAUGAUAUUCUAAUUAAAUAAAGUAAUUUCAGUUUUCAAGGAAUAGUUGCAGAUUGAUUUAUAUCCUUUGAAGAAAAAAAAUAUUUUCCGGUUCUCCUUAUAGACAUUGGCAAGAAGAACAGAAAAUGUCAUUCAACAGAGAACGACAAGCCAAUUCCUAAAUGUAAUGACAGCUUAUUAUAAUAAAGUAUAUUCAUAAACUGGAAUGAUAGUCUCAGUAGAAGAACUCAAACAUAUUGUUUUAACUACUGAUUGAUAAUUCACAUGGUAUCUUUUUACGUCACUCUUGUUUUAAAAAAAUUUAAAAAUAAAUCAUUACUGUUUUUAAUAUGUCAUACAAUUCCUGUUUUCUGUGCUGUAUAAAGCAAAAAUAAAAAUUGCUCUUC